CAACUUCAAUAAUAACCCCUUGGAUUCCUCGUCCUAUAUAUCCGUCGCCUCGCCCCCCUGCAGAUCGACCUCCAACCACCCUCACCAACAACCCGCGGGUAUAUGCGCUCAUCUUCUCAUACGUACCACCCCGGCGAUCUUGUGCGGCGGCCGGCCAUGGAGGAGUUCGACGAAGCCGACGUCCUGUGGCCGGACCACCCCGGCGACGCAGAUCGUGCCGGCGACCGCCACCAGCAGCAGCGUGGGUCAUCCGCGAUCAAGCCGCCCGGCCAGACCGACGCGGCGCGUCGUCCGGCGUGCUCCUCGUCGGCCCCGAUGGGCAUCCCCGUGAUGAUAAGGCCCGCGGCCACCAUGUACCAGGGCUCGUGGGCGCGGAGGUACCACAGCGACGACGGGACGGCGUCGACGUUCGUGGCGCCGCACGAGAUGGUGGCCCGGCGGCGGUGCGCGUCGGAGGAGGAGAGGUCGGUGUGCGUGGGGCAGGGGCGCACGCUCAAGGGCCGCGACCUCCGCUCCGUCCGCACCGCCGUGCUCCGCAUGACCGGCUUCCUCGAGACCUGACGUGAUUCCGUCGCAAUUUACCAGUAAAAUUCAUUUCGUAGCAACCACCCAAGCAGUUUUGCGUGCCAAUUAAUAGUACUAGCCAGCCCAUUUCCGCAGGUCGCCAAAAAUAAAAACGAAAUGGAAUCGAAUCGCCCGCUUGCAUGCAUGUAUGGAGAGGAUGACUUUUGCCAAUAUAUAUGAACAUUGAAGCUCCAAACUCCAAA